GUUACAACAAACUAUUGGUGUGAAACUGUUAUCCGAAAUUAUAAUUUGAUCCUUACUAGAUACUUGACAUAGGUAUUUUAAUAUACUUUCGGAAAACAAUGUUUCGUUGUUUAUGGACUUUAAUGGUUUUUCAUGGAGUAUGUGUGCAAAGUCUGUUACCAUUAGUUAUUCCUGAAGGAAUAAAUGAUAAAUCGUGUGUAAAGAUUUGUUCCAGGUAAUUAUUAAUAAUAAUACAAUAAAUUAAGUAAUAAGAAAGUAUCUUAUAAUUAGAGACUGGAUUUAUAUUUUCUUAUAAUGUGUUCAUUUACAAAAAUUUAAAAAUCAAAAAUGAUAGAGGAAUUUAAAAGUCUCCCACUAAUGGCUCUAACUUAUUAAAUUAAAUUUCCUGACACUUCAAAAUUGAUUAUUCUUACAAAAUAAUUUCCUUCAAAUAAUAUCGUACAAGUUAAAAAAAAAAAAAUUACUUUUUACUAAUCAUUUUUGUGGUAUUAAACAAUUGUAUUUAUAAAUUAAACCCGUCAUACUGUUAGCCUCUCUAUUAUUUUUGGGUUUUUAUAUAUUUUUUAAAUGAUUUUUCUUCAAGGCUUUUUGACGUUUUCAAGUGCUUUUUUGUGGAUUUUAAGAUCAUAUAUAAAUUCGGUCUCUACUUUUUAUUAACAUUAACAUUUUUUUUUCAUAUUCUAAACUUGUUGGUUGAAUAUUUUUUAGUAAUCAUAUUAUUGAGAUUAUAUUAAUGAAACUAGAACUUAAAUUAUCAUACAUAACCUAAUCAUGAAAUCAUAAGUAUACCUAUAACCUAACCUAUACUAUGUAUAGAUUAUAUAUCUAUAGUAUUGUUAUCUAUAAUUAGUUUUAAAAAAAAAAAAUAGCCAAAGAGAAAAUUGCAUAGAAUAGAUAAUAUGAUGAACUACAACCAACAAGGCAAAGCGUUUAUAUGUAUUAUAUGUUAAACGAUGCUUCAAUGAAAAAAUUCCCAAUGCACACACAUAAAGGAUAAAGAGGGGAUGCAUUGAUAAACGAGACAGUAAUAGCGAAUAUGUGGAAAGAGUACGGAGAAAAAGAAAACAUCGACUCACUGGUUGAAAACCAAAUUGACAACCUAAUUGAUUCAAGUGAAAAUACAGUGAUUUUAAAAUCAGAAUUUGAAAAUGUCUUUCAAACAAUGAAGAAAAACAAAGCAUCAGGUCCAGAUGAAUUAAAUACAGAACUCCUACAACAUGCAGGAGAUGAGAUAAAUAACGCUCUGUUUAAAUACGAGUAGGUAGUUAUUUAUUACCUGUAUCAAAUAAACGAGACUGUGGGAAUUCCGAGAGAUUUUUGAUGUAGUAGAUUAGUUAUCUUGCUAAAAACUCCAAGAACCAAUUAGUGCGAAAAUGUCUAGUAGGUACUUAUCCAAUUUUCUUUAACGUAUUUAUUUAGGUAUCUAUAUUGUCAUCAUGCAUACGAAUUUAAUCUGAGAUAUUUUGUAAGUAUGCAUAGUUAAAUGCAUAUUUUGCUUAUUUUAUAGAUUUGAGUACAUAUUUCCAGUUUUUUGUAUGCAUAUUUUGCCAAAUUUACCUUCCAAAAUCUAGCCCUAAUUAUAAAAAAUGAUGGGAAAUAAACAAACUAAAUUAGAAGCCAAAGGCACAUUCCUCAAAAAGAAAAAAAAAUUACUAACAUCAAAAAACUAAGAAAAAGCUAAUAAAAACACAUGUUAGAGUUUGGCACUAUACGGAAGUGAGAUGUGGACAAUAGAUAUAAAAAGAGAAGGAUGUGUUAGAUUCUCUAGAAAUGUGGUAUUGGAGAAAUAAGAAUAGAAUAAGUUGGCCUGAAAAAAGAACUAGGCAAUAAAGUCGUAUUGUAGACGAUAAAAAAAAAAAAAAAAACGAACAUUGAUAGAGAUUCUUUAAAAAAAAAGAAGAUGCCAGAUGAUAGGGCCCAUGGACGAAUUACAUAGUUUAAUGAUUAAAGAAAUGGUAGAAGGAACACGAUAAAGAGGUAGACCUAAAACGAAAUACAUUAGCCAAAUAUUGAAAGGUACAGGAGUCACUUCUUAUACAGGGAACUCAAAUAUAUGGCGAAUGAUAGUAAAAAAAUGGAAAGGGAAUUUGUUGUGAAUACAUUUGUUAAAAACCAAUUUCUGGAUAAAAAAAUAAAAACAAAAAAUACUUAGUUUUAAAUUUGUUUAACAUUUUACUACACAUACAACUAUUCUACUUUUUUUUAAGAAACUUUUUUAAAUGAUUAAUUAAUUUAAGACAAAUAUACAAUUACAGCAACAUUUAUUGUCAAGGUGAAUUGCUAGAUGACAUUCAGUCAUGUAGAUUGUUUGGGGACUCGAAAACUUUUGUUGACAUGAAAUUAAAAAAAAACGAAACAGAUAUUUUAGAAGCAUAUGCAGUACUAAAAAGUCAAACUGGAACUCCAGUCCCGCGAAACAAGAUGUUGGACUUUAUUGCAUCAAAUUUUGAAGAAUGUAAAUUACUUGAAUGGAUACCAUCGGAUUUUAAAGAGAAUCCAUUAAUUGUAGAUACAGUACAAGAUUCAAGUUAUAAGUAAAGCUAAAUAAUUAAUUAUUUAACUACAUCUGCCUUACAUUUAUGCUAAUGCAAUGUCAUUAAAAUAUUUAUUUAUUUUAUUUAAGAUCGUUCGUUAAAAGCGUAAACCAACUUUGGAAAACUUUAGCAAAAAAAGUCUCUGAUGAUGUUUACAAAAACCCGGAACUCUAUUCCGCCAUAUAUUUACCAAAUGGAUUUUUUAUAGCCGGAGAUAGAUUUAAUGAGAUAUAUUAUUGGGAUUCAUAUUGGAUCAUAAAAGGUAAAAUAAAAUACAAAUCAUAAAACAUAUUGUUUGCAUGCUAUACCCCUUACAGAAAUUCUGUUAUAAGUCGUUAAUGUCUAUAGUUAUAAAUUCAGAGCACAGCAAGGAUUUUACUAUGUGUGUUUUUUUCCUAACUUCUCUAUGAAUAAUUUUUUUUUUUAGCAAUGACUUAUCGUUGCUUAAAGAUAUACAUUAAAUUCCCCUCUAUAUCCUACAUUCCAAUUAUCUUAUUGGUAUAAAUGAUAAUAAUAUUAUUUUAUUGUCGGCUGGUAUGAAGGUGUUUUUUUUUCCAAUAUUCCGAGUAUAACUAUGAUUACCAGAUGUACGUUUUUUUGUAGGACAGUACUCUUUUUUGAUGUAUUGUCCUAUGUCCUUAACAAUCAGGACCUGAUUAACCAAUAGGCUAAAAAGGCUGCAGUCUAGGGUGCCGUUAAAUGGUAAGGGGUAGAACAGAACAAUUUUUUUUAAAUUGAUUUUUUUCAAACUUGUAUCACCUAUUUUGACCUAUUUUGGGGGAUACGGAAGUGUUUAUAAAGAGAGGACCGAGGAUUAGGUGGGUGAUGAGCAAAACAAAUGAUGAGCCAAAUCGAUCCCUGCUUACUGGUGGAAAGUUCUUUAAUCAGGUCCUAUUAACAUUAGUGUUAAGUACAUGAAAUUGUACUUUUUUUUCUGAAAAUUAUAAAUAAUAAAUAAAUAAAUAUAAAUUUGUAGGAAAAUAUUUAGGAAAAUAAAGUUUUGUAUUUAUCUAUUUAUUUAAAUGUUUACUUUUAAAAAUUAAUUUAAAUAUUUAUUCUUUAGUUACACAUACAUACUUUUAAGUUUACUUAAAAUUGCUUAAAUUUAAAAAAUAUUUUGAUCAUAAAAACACAAAUCAAACGGGUUGAUAUUAUGAUUUUUUUAUGAUACCUAAUUAGUUUUUAUAGUUGAUAAUGGAAAAAAUAAUAAUAGAGUAAUUAGAUAAAACAAAAUCACAUAAAUAGAGAUGAGCUAUGGACAAAAUGGAUAAUAUAGUAUACACAUUGGCCAAUUCUUUUAAGGAGGGGUUUUUAUUUAUAAUAGAGAACCUAAAUUUUAAAAUAUACUUUUUUUUUGGAUUUUUAUAUCUGUUUACCAUAAGUAUAACGCUUAAUUUUACGUUUAGAAAUAAUGACUAUUUAAACAUUUUUAAAUUACUGCAACUUUUUAAAAAAACGCAUCGUCUUGCCCUCCGGAACAUUGUCCUCUCUUAAUUAUAUAGUAGGUAUUACCAAAAUUAUGCAAGUUUUGUAUCGACUACGUAAAUAUGUUUUCAUAAUUCUGCAUAUAGUUGAUUUUGUUAUAUUGUCCCCGUUAGUUGGACUGAGACAGCACAUGUGGGUGUGAGAUUUUCUUAAAGAUUGUAUUUAGGUAUUUUAUAAUAAUAUUGGCAUAUGUUAAUUUAAUAAAAAUAUGAACUGUUAUGUUUUUAAAUAAUUUUUCUUUAGAAUCAUUAUUUGCAUACAUAUAUAUUUCUUUGUUCAAAAUAAUGUUCUCAUUUGUUUAGGAGCUUUGAUUUGUGGAAUGCAGGAUACUGUAAAAGGUAUAAUUGAAAAUUUUAUUUACAUGGUACAAAAAUAUGGAUGUGUAUUAAAUGGUGGUCGAAUUUACUAUUCGGGAAGAUCACAACCACCAUUUCUCCUUCAGAUGGUUGACGCUUACUACAAAUUUACUCAUGAUAGUAAUUUCGUACUAGAUAAUCUUGAGGUAUAAAAUAUAAUUAAGCUUAAUUAAUCUUUUUAAUCUGUUUGGUCUAUUAAAUUGUGUAAUUUACUUACUAACACACAUUCUGUUGUUUGCUAAUUUCUAUCUUUUUUUUUUUUUUUUAACACUAAUCGUGAUAUUCUUUAUUUUCUUAUUCAUAAUAUAAGAUAAAUUUAGCCAGGACAUAUAUAUUAUAUUGAGAUAAACAAAAAAUGUAAUAGUUUUUAAAUAGAUACUAUACGUUAUUUCCGCGUUAUGGUAUUUGCGUUCCUUUUCUUAAAAUUAUUAUGACUGGCGACCAGGGGUGUAUUCAGCUCAUCUUCCAGGGGGAGGAACGAAAUUCGGACUUUAAUUAUACUUAUAAAUUAUUAGUUAUAAAAGUAUAUGCCUAUAAACGGCAGUAUUACAGAUUAAUUUUUGUUUAUAGUGUCUAGAACAAGAAGUGAAGUUUUGGUUAACUAAAAGAUGUAUAACAGUAGAAAAAGAUGGACAAUAUUAUACAUUGGCACGAUAUAACACUCGUACUUGUGGCCCCCGUCCGGAGUCCUAUUAGUAAUUGCCUACAUAUAAGAUAUAAAUAAAUAAUGUGUCUAUUAAUAAUUUAGUAAUAUCAGUAGGUUAUAAAAUAUAAUAUACAAAAGUUAAAAAAAAUAUUUUCUAACCCCUUACACAUUAGUAAAUUUUCAUGGGACAUUCUAUAAUUUUGUAACAUUGGAUAUUAUUUAAAUGUAUUUUAUUUCAAGUGAAGAUAAGAAUUUAGCACAACCACUAAAUACAUUACUAGAUAAAAAUGAUCUUUAUGCAAGAAUAAAAUCAGCUGCAGAAUCUGGAAUGGAUUUCUCAACCAAACAUUUUAAUAAUAACGGAUCAAAUACCGGUAAAACAAAAAAUAGCAAUAUAAUAGUUAAAACUAACAAACUGUUAAAAAAUAUUGUUAUUUACAUUUUUAAUAUAAAAUUAUAUUUCAGGGACCUUAAUAAACACCGAUCCUCAAAAUUUUUUUUACGUUGAAUUGAACUCUAUAUUACAAUCAAAUUGUGAAAUCUUAUCAAAGUUUUUCUUUAUGAAAGGCGAUCAACUUAAGGCUGACAAAUAUAAUCUUUAUGGUACACGUUUCCAAAGAGGAAUAGAUAAUGUGAGUAAUAUUUUUAGUAUAUGUUUUGUUAUAUUCAUAUUUACAUAUUAUUAUGUUCCAUAAUAAUAGAAGUGACUAUGUAUAAAUUGUUACUUAUCAAUCAUCAUAAAUAUUAUAUGUAGGUACCUAUUGUAUAUAAAAUAACAUAUUGAAAUUAUUAUAUAUAUUUGUUUUUGGUGUAGUUAUUGUGGAAUGAGGAAGAAGGUAUUUGGUUGGAUUACGAUAUAACGACUAAGAAAAGUCGUAAUUACUUUUAUGGAACGAAUUUCGUACCUUUGUUUACUGGUAGCUAUCUGAAAGAUAAGAGCGACUAUUACGGCGAUAGAGCAAUUCAAUAUUUAAUUAAAAAUAAAAUAAUAAACGAUAACUUGAAACUGAAUUGUGUAUUUUGUAAGUCAAAUCUGUAAUUUAUAUUCAUUCAUGAUUUCUGAUGUAUUCAAAUAUUAAAUACACACUAACUGCUUAACAAAAAAACAAUAUUGCCCACUUUACGUCACGAUUAAAGAUAUAGGUAUCUUUAUAUCUUUAAUCGUGAUAUAUAUUUUUAAUGGUUUCGUUGUACUUGUUACCGAUUUUACUGACUACCUUUCAGAAGUUUUUUAACUUAUAUACAACGUAAUUUUUUAAACAUAUUCACCCCAUUUGUAUUGCUAAAUUAUGCAUACAUUCGAAUCUUAAUUUUAAAGUAUUUCUUAAAGUAGAGACAUCCCAGAUAUAAAGGGGGUGGGGGAUGACAUCCGUUAUGAAUUUUCCAGUUGGUACAUAUUUCAUAUUCAACCGACUAUCUGGCAAUUUAAUGAUACAUUAAAAUAAUUUUAUUAUUAGAUUAAAAAAAAAAAUUAGUUGAUAUUGAGAUGGGUGCAGCCACUGUUCUAGAUGGGAAGUUGGGAACAUAUAGUUAUUUAAUUUAUAUCUGUACGCUACGGUGACCCAUUGUCCAUUGCUAACGAGAAAAUGAUGAAGAGCGAUGUUCGGUAAGACAUAUUUUGUAAUGCCAUCAUUUUUACGAUUUCCGGCAGUCAAAAUUUGAUUUUAAAAUGCUUAUGACAAAAAAAAAAACUAAUGCAUUAAACUCUAAACUACUUGUUUUUUAGACCACUUAGUACAACUUAUACCUUGAAUUAAAUUUUCAAGCAUUUUGCUCAGGUCAUAUAAUUUUAAUAGAUACCUACCAAAUAAAAUAUGAAAAUAUGUUAUUCUUGAAAUUUAGACAAAGAUUUUAGGUAAAAAAAUCUAAUAAUACUAAUUUUAAAUAAUUAAAUCGUUGGGCUGUAAUUUGAAAAAAAAAUCGAUUUUUUAUGUCUUUCGGUUUUUCCCAAUUAUCUCGAAAACUACUUUUAGAUAGGUACCUAUAAAAAAAUAAUUUCCUCUGUCAGUAGCUAGAUAUUAAAUAAAAAAAAAUCGAUCAUUUCUAAUUUUUCAACUGUAGUAAAGUUUCUGAAAGAAAAAUAUUUUGCAAAAAUUAAAACCAAUAACAUUAUUAGGUAAUGCUAUGGUGCGCCGUAAAUAUUUGCCGCUUUACUUAUAAUUUCCUUACCGGGUUUUACCAAUUAUUUUGAAAAUCUCUUAGAAAAUCAAAAAAUUACCUCUUCAAUUCACUAACUACACAAAAUGACCGUUCAGAAAAAGUACUGUUGUACACUCUAUACAUAGGAGUAAAAUUUCUGAUGGAAAACUUAUUUAUACAGAUAGAAAAAAAAAUACAAGAACACACAUUAUUGUAAAACAAAAAAAAUAUCUUUUUUGUUAUAACUAUUAUGUAAUAAAGUUAUUAAUAUAUAAUUAUGACAUUAAAAUGUACUUUUAGGUUUUUAUACUUCCCAACUGCCUCUAUUGCUAAGUUUUGACUAAACAACCAAAAUAUUUUCUCCCGCUUUGUUUGUUAAUUGUUAUAAAUCUAAAAAUAAAAUAAUAAUAUUAUAUAAUAUUAUAUUCGAUAUUCCUAUCUUGAUAUUAAUCAUGGUUCGAGUGGAGCGGACAAAUUUUUAAAUUCGGAAAAUGUAUGAAUUUAACACCCACAUGAUUUGUUUUUCGGGACGGCCCUGCAUGGAUAUUUUCGAGUACGAGAUUUUUAACAACAUUUAAAGAGUAUCCUGUUGCGAUACCAAUUUGGAUUUUCCAAAUGAGAAUCUGCAUGUUUUAAUACAUAUUUUGAAUAGGAUAAUUUUGACAUAUUAUAAUCAAAGUUGAACGAAAAGUUUCUGAACUAUUCAACUUUAAAUACUAAGGAUAACAAUCUAAUAAAUACAUUGUAAAUGGGUACGAAUUUAGUAAUAUUGAUGAUUGAUCUAUAUCUGUAAUAUUAAAAAUAGUCUCAGUAUACUUGAUUAAGUAGAAUAAAACAAACAAAAAUUUUUUAUUGCACACCUACCUAAAUAUAAUUACCAAACUCGUACUUACCCAUUUGCAAUGUAUUUAACCGAUUGUUAGCUUUUGGUAUAUAAAGUAGAAUACCUCAGAAACUUUUCAUUUAAAUUUCGAUUGCAAUAUAUCAGAAUUUUUAGAAAAACCAUCUGUUUAACAAUUUGCAAUAAAACACGUAGAUUCCUAUUUGAAAAAUCAAAGUUGAUAUUGCCACAAGAUAUUGCUUAAAUGAUUGUCUUUAUAAUUAUACUUGAAAAUUCCAAAAAUCAAAAUUUGAUGAUAAAAGAUAAAUCUAUUCAUACAAUUGGGAUGAGUAUGCUUAAAUAAUAAAUCACGCUGUCCACCUAUAUAGUAAUACUCCUGAUUGAUUGAAGAAACUAAGGUUAAAUAAAUAAUUGCAGGUGUUCCAACGUCGCUGUAUGAAAGUUCUCAACAGUGGGACUAUCCAAAUUGUUGGCCACCACUACAAUCAAUGCUUAUUUUUGGAUUAGAUAGUACUACAAGCGAAAAGGCAAAAAUGUGUGCCUUUAAUUUAGCUGAUGCUUGGAUAAAGACAAAUUAUGCGGGUUUUCAAAAAACCGGUUACAUGUUUGAAAAGGUUAAAUAAUUUAUUUAUCAAUCUUCUUCUCUUUCGACUUCAUUUCAAAUAUUUGGAGUCAGACACUGUUGUUCUAACCUUGUACUUUUCAAAUCAUCCUCGUAUACACCAGCCAUCCUCAUAUUAUCAUUAUCCAUUAUCAAUCACGUCCAGCCCAGACCUGUAGGCAGUCCAAAUCAUCAGGUGGGGCAAACCAAAUUUUAGGAGGACUUUAGAAAAAAGCAAUGUUAUUAUAUAUACACAUUUAAUACUUGUUAGGAGGGGGCAAUUAGAAGAGAUUAGAUCCAGGGGAGGGGAAAUGUUCCCUUUCCUCCCCGUGGCUACGGGACUCCACUACCUCUUUUUCGGUCUUCCUCUUCCUCCUCACUACUUAUGCCAAGCCCAAAUCAUGUUUGUGCAUUUUCUCUAAAUUAAUAAUUAAUCAAAUUAUUCUCUUUUUCAUAUCCCCCAUCAUUCAUUUACACGACCCUUUUGUGUUCACUUUUAUAGGUACAUCAUACGUUUAAACAUAUUAUAAUUAUUACAUACUAUGGUAACAAAAAAUUAUUUCAGUAUGAAUAAAACAAUACUAAUAAUUAAUUAAUUAAUUAAUUUUUUUUUUUUUUUUUUUUUUGUAAACUAAUUUGUAUAUAUAUAUAUAAGUAUUUUACUUCGGUAUUCCAAUAAUCAUUUUAUCAUUUUAAUUAAUAUAAUUAUAUUAUCUUUCCAAAUAGUAUAAACAUAAACAAAUAAUAAGUAAAACAAAAUUAUAUAUUACAUAAAUGGUAGUAUAGACUAUGUUUUAAAUAAAAUAAUUUUCUUUUGGUAACAAAGGUAGGAUAACUAAUUAAACUACUUCCUAGUUGCUAUUUAAAUAUUAAUUUAAUUGGUCAGAUAUUUUUGCAUAAAUUAAAAAUAUGUUUUGAGUAUUCCUGAGGACCUGCCAUAAUAAUAUGUUGGUAGUAUUUCAAAUAAUUUUUUGUUUACAGUACAGUGCUAUAUCAUUUGGCACAAGUGGCGACGGAGGUGAAUAUAAACCACAAAAAGGAUUUGGAUGGACAAAUGGAGUGGUAUUUGAAAUUUUUAAUAGAUGGGGAAAUGAAUUAAAAUGUUAAAUUAUAAAUACCUUUAUAUAGGUACUUAAAAUCAAUUCAUUGUGAUUUAUACAUAAAUUUACUUGAAUGUGCUUAUAUUUAAUUAAAGUGAUUUAAGUAUUAUUAUUACAUAUUAUGUUUUUAUCAUUUAUGUUGAC